AUUUCCCAGGAACUGAAAGAAACAAUGUCAAGUGGAUGAAUAAGAUAAGAAUUAUUUUACUUUUCAACUGCAUAAGUUUGAGCUAAGGAAUAUAACAAAAUUGUAUUGUGCUCAAAUAGUUGGAUGAAUGAUAUUGUAAUUUCAUUUUGUCUGUAAUGUUGUUCAGCAAAAAGUAAUGAGUUGGUACACAUCUAAACCAUUACUACUUGACGUAAAGAAUUCUUUUCAUCAUACUGACACAGAUGUUCAAGAAAGUGACAACGAUAAAAAUGAUUUUCAGAAGCAGGAUACCAUAGUUACGGUCACGCAUGAACAGCUUGCAAAAAUAGAUAAAGAUUUCGUGAGCUUGAAAAAAUUAUUUCUGCUUUUGGUAGCUUUAACAAUAGUCCUUCUAUUUGUGUGUUCAUUCUUAGUUAUUUACCUGGAAUCAAAAUGCGCAAGAAAUAAAUAUGGAAGCUUACCAAACUUUUUGACAUCAGUAGAUGAUAUAAACAAAAUUGUUCAAGAAAAUCUUGCAUCAAAUGAUUUUCUGAGUAGAGCGCAUAAACAUAUUUUCUGUGUUUCGUGCGACGCUUUGAGAGAGACUGAACCGCAUUUCUUUGAGUCCAUUGGAAACAACAAAUGCUGCAUUGAAAAUCUAUCGAUCUUCAUUCGACUUUUGAAAUAUACAUUUUUAAAGAGUUUGAAUGAAUACAAUUCGAAAGUAAGAAGUCUCAAGUCAAGAAUCGAUGACUUGAAAGAAGACAUCAACAUUUUAGAGACCGCUUUGUUCAUCUCAAACAAAACUAAUGUGACAGAUAGCACAAAUAAUGACGUUUCAAAAGAAAGUUUUAUGUGGGAUACAAUACAGAAAAACAACAGGCUGAUUAACACUCUGUUAAAUCGAAAGAGCUCAUUAUUACAUUUGACAGGAACAGCUGACCACACUGGUAUCCGUUGGACAGAAGAUAUACAAUCAGGUGACUUGUCGUAUGACGAGCAGGGCAUUCAUGUAAACAGUGGCGGAAAAUAUUUUAUCUACUGCAACAUUCAUUUCGCAAAGAAAGUUUGCAACGGAACAGAAAACUUCGAGUAUAGUAUCAGCCAAGAAUACUAUUCAAUGGAAUUCCUACCAAUUGCUAGAGUGCGAAAAGGAUGUGCAACUGGCAGAAGUAUAAAUACAGGUUUAUUUGUGCAAAGUGUGUUACAAGUUGAACUGGGACAACAUAAAACUCUAAGAAUACAGUAUGACAGAAACAAUCAGGAGUAUAUUGCUACAGAGAACAAAUUGCAUGAUAUAAUUGUUUUUGAAAUCUGAUGAAAUCUACAAACAAAUGAGAGGGACCUCCGUGCCGACUGGUAAGGCCAUUGGCCUCAAAUUACUUGCCCCUCACCGAUGUGGGUUCGAGCCUCACUCGGGCCGUUGAAUUUUUCAUUGCCAUCCAGCUGGCUUACGUAAGGUCGGUGGUUCUAUCCAGGUACCCGCCCAUGAUGAAUAAUGAACGGAGGGCCAUCUAGGGCUUUCCUCCACCAUCAAAGCUGGAAUGUCGCCAUAUGACUUUAAAGUGUGUCAGUGCGACGUUAAAUCCUAUGGAAAACAACAACCACAAAAAACUAAUGGGCUUCACUAGUUACGUUUUGUCUGUUUCAUAUAUAACACACGCUGUCAAAAGUUUUAGAAUCAAGUAAUGUGUGUCCACACUAAAUGUAAUGAGAGUCAGUGAACGAGUAAGUCAAAAGUAAACAUAUUUCCACACAAUUAUUUCACAAUAUUUAACAGAUUAUUGCUUAUAUUAAGACAAUAAAAUACUGAAACUACAGAAUGAAAUAUUGAUAAGAACUGCUUAUUGAAAUUCACAUUUCUACACUGUGUCACUGUCAUGUAGUUCUUCUCUACGUCUGUUUAACAACUAAACAUUAUCAUUUACUUACUGAAACUGAAUCAUUACGACUACUACGUAACAGAAAAUAGUCACUGGACCUUUCUAAGGCAUUUACAAAUGGUAGUAUACUUUCAAAACAGCACAGAAAAAAUCAGUGUACGUUCAUAUAUAAUCGAAAUUGAAUAAAGCAACUGUGACGUUUGUAAUAAUGGGGUUUUCUCGAUUAGAUUCCUUUUGACUGUAACGCUUUUUUAAAAUGAUUGCAUUGGGUUUAGAAAAUCUUACAACGAUUUUAAAGGCAUGCAUUAUACUUAUGUUGUCGAAAGCUUUAUCAAGCGUAGACAGACUUAAAAAUAAAUAAUUCAUAAUUUAUACGGCUUACACACAAAUGCAUAUACCGCUUCGUAACGUAGAAUUGUCUUUGAACAAUUGGAACACUUGGUCAUAGUUGCCUUGUUUGUGUAUAAUUUUGCAUGUAUGAUAAGCUGAUACGUAUGCAAUGACAUUGUUAACAGCUUUAAUAGCUUACACUAGUCAUAGCGUACAGCUUUUUCGUACAUACUGCACCUGAAUACGGAACACACUUUUAAAUCUAAAAUUGUAGCGAGCACAACAUGUACACGACGCUAGUUUAAAAGAGAAUUCUUUAUUAUUUGAUUUCUGAAUUCUCACAGUAAAAAUGUUUUAAUAAUUCAAGGAAUUCAUUCGUUUUCGUAUAAUAGGUCACCGCUGAAGGCGGUGAUAACCCCGACGUAAGAGGUACUGCGCAUUCCAUUACCUGUCAUGGAACAUGCUAAUUUGUUACUUACUCGCAUUCUAUUCUUUCAUACGAUAUAAGACUAUCACAACAACAGUCUUUUAGUGGUUUGGCUGCGACAAAAAGUAUCCACACAUAGAGACUCAGUAUUGUUAUUUUUUCUGGUCCUGUGUGAUGAGUAAGUCAUGUUAAUGCGUGUGUAGGCUAGUCUCUCGCGGAGUGGGGCUUUGGUAGCUGCAGCUUCAUUACCUCUUAUUUUGUUUACCAACGUCGUUUGCUUUCAAAGCUGAUCCUAUUAAAUUCAUUAAUUUGUUCUGUAAUUGCUAUGCAUUCAUAUCAAAACAUGCACAAUUUAUAUACAUCGUACUGCAAAAAUGACUGUAAAUUAGUAUAAUUUGUUAAUAGGUCAUCAUAAAAACAUAAUUAUAUAUGAUACGAAUACUUUUUGACAUUGUAUUUGUAUUACGAUCCUAACUAGCUUAGUCUCGACAUUGUACAAAUAAAUUCUAUGGUCGAGCUAUUAAUUUGCAAAUAUUGUUCAACAAAAAUGUGUAUGUCAUAGACGGUUACAUUAUUGCUAAUCGGUAUUAAAAUGGGAAUCAUU